CUUUGCUCUUGACGUCGUCCAAGUCGUUACCCAUCAUUCACAGUUGGUGAGUGUGUCGAUCCUCAACAGCCAUGCUGAUCAAGUCGUUGCCCAUUGUUCGCAGGAUGAUAGAUUUGUUUGUGAGUGUGUCGAUCCUCAACACCCACGCUGAUCAAGUCGUUGCCCACUCUUUGCAGAGAAGAGAAGUCAGUGUGUCGACCCUCAUUCGAGCAACAGCCAUGCUGACUCUCCAAGUCGUUGCCCACCGUUCUCAGGAAGAAGGUGCGGGUGCAAGUGAGGUCUCCGACACCUUAGGGUUUACCCGUAUAGAUCCUUAAUUAUACUUGUAUCUAGCACGGAGGAGCAGUCUGCUACCGCAAUUGUAUGAUAUAUUGGGUGGCCACCAGCUGAAUUUGACCGCGGCCGUACGCGUGCAGCAG